CCAAGCAGAUAAGGAACAGUUGCCCAAAAGGGAACACCAUGUUAUUCAAGUCGUUGGCCGUGUUAACGCUGAUAUCGUGGCCAUGUGCCCGGGGGUUCCUCCCCAACCAGUUCACCCUCCUGUCCUCCGGGUCGGACUACACCCACCAGGACAUCACGGAGAUCGGCAUCCUGUAUGCUGUCGCUGAGUUCUUCGAAACCCACCCUUUACCUGACAAGUCCAUAUCUCCGGGUGAACUGACCGGCAUUAAGGACAUUACAGCUAGGAAGCUCUUCGAUAAGUAUUACGGAGGCACUGUGUCGGAGAAGCGGUUCCAGGAGGCCAUCGAUGACAUCGUGAAGGCCAACAACAGAGUGGACCAGGACCACUACACGGAGGCUGCCUGGCAUGUCAACGGGGAGGCCAUUAAAGAAGGUAACGACAAGAUCACGUUGCUACGGGAAACAGCCAUCAAUGUUCUAAACAAGACCAAUCCCAACCUCGAUGCGGCUCGAGAGCAGAUUGGUCAGUUUCUACACAUUGUCCAGAUGUUCUACAGCAACACCAACUGGCCGGAACUCAGUGGAAAGGCGGCCUAUGAAUCUCUAGGGAUGCGGGGGAAACCAUUGAUGGCCCAGGCCCCUUCCGCCAUGGACACGUGUCGCAGCUGUGGCUCCUCAACUGGGAUCCCAUGUACAGCUAACAUCAUGGUCCAAGGCCCGCUUCUGACCAGUGGGUACCGUAGUGGACAGGACAGGCGAAAGCCGAGCAGGGACCCAGCAACAUUCAAGACUGGGAAAUGUAGCCAUGGCGGCCCGUAUGACCAGUCUGGUAGAACCAUAGCGGCUAUCGGGGGCAUCAACAAGGACACUAGCGACUCCAGCAUGUCCCCCCACGCCCCGCUUCACGACACCGCGGCCCAAGGGGCGAUCCUGCAUACCAGGUUCCUCUUCGCACACCCUGUGUACGGUCUGCAUUCCCUGAUUGGAGAUGAGGUUUUUCAGGAACUGUUGCAACUGACGGCUGGAAACUCCAUGGUCUUCGUCAUCGACACCACAGGCUCCAUGGGAGACGACCUUGCCGCCGUCAUAAAAAAGACGCAGGAAAUUAUCAAGGAAACACUUGGCACAAUCAAACAACCCUAUAAUUACAUCGUCGUUACCUUUAACGAUCCAGGUAACAAGACGGAUAUAUUUAAAUCCAAGAAUGGAACGGCUGUGAUUACUUAUCUCAGCAGUCUCAGGGUCAAUGGAGGAGGAGACUGUCCAGAGUUCUCCCUCACAGGUCUACAGGCAGCGGCUACAGUUGCUAACCCAAACUCAAAAGUAUACGUGUUUACCGACGCCUCGCCCAAAGACGCGGCCAAGAUCAACUACGUCACGAGCAUGGUGACAGAGAAAAAGAUCGCAGUGAGCUUCAUCCUGACUGGGGACUGCUCACGGCGGAGAAGAAGCAGCGGUUCUGGCGCUGUCCAGUAUGACCACAUCUCCAGGACUCCUGGGUUUGACAUACACUAUUUAACGUCAUCAUAUCUAGAAAGCCCAUCUAAGGUUCCUCGGAGCCAGCUGCCUCUCUUGAGUGAAUUCUCCCUCGGAGGCCUCUCACUGAAGACGUUCCCCGUGGACAGCACAGUGAAGACGCUCCACCUGCAGAUAGGACCCACAAGUAACCACAAUGCCAACGUGAGAGUGUUUAACCCGGAUGGUGAAAUGGUUCCUGUCACCCAAAACGAAGAUGGCGAGAUUAUAAUUGAGGCCCCCAAACCUGGCGCGUGGGCUGUAAAGAACAACGGCAAGGGCGUUGUUGAGGUCAGCAUCCACGGCAUCACUGUGGUAGACAUUAAAGACUAUCUAGUGAAGACUAAUGACAACGGACACAGUAUGUUCAUCGAGGGGAAACCGGUAGAAGGUGAAACUGUGACCCAUGCUGUGGCAGUGACGGCGGUUGACGCCGUAUCCUCCAUAGACUCUCUGAUCUUCUAUGACACUCUCGGCAUUGAGAUCCACCGCUGCAGCCUGACAUAUCGAAAGAAGAGAGGGCACAACUAUAUUGCCAAUGUCGCUGUUCCAGAUCAGCCUUAUCGUAUGGUUAUUGAAGGAAGGGACAAGGACGGGCACCCGUUUCAACGACAGAAGCCUGGUCUAACAAAGCCCAGUACCCUGUCCCUCAGCGUGGAACGAGUUGUUGGACAUCUUCAAGUCGGAAGUCAAACUCACAUAAAUGUGAAGGUCACCAACAAGGGAGGUAACUCCGAAAGAGUGAAAUUGGACGUAGCAGACGGCUUGAGGCUAGCCGGGACUUCUGGCGGCACACUGAAUCUCCAGCCGGGGGAACACACGAGACGUACAGUUGUUAUUAACGGAGGCAGGACGGCAGAAGUGACAACAACUUUGACAAUAAUGGCGACUGUGAUAGACGACCCCGAGGACUACCAAUAUGUCAGAAGAACGUUUACUGUGCACUCGACCACACCAUAAGCGGUCAGUAACUGGUUGUAAUCUGUCGUACAUGUGUUCUUUGUACAAACCGGGUUCAAUAAAAUUACUCAUUUUCAGCUCGUU